GAGCUGUCUAGUUGCGCCGAGAAAAUAGUCACAAGUCGGAGGCAAAUGCCGGACGGAUUCCGAGACGAUCAGUUCUGUGCGGCCGGUGGUGAUAUGGACACCUGCGAGGGUGACUCCGGUGGACCGAUCGGUGUGAAACGGUUAACUGUAGGAGGCUUUGUAGUUCCUCUGGUGGUCGGUAUUGUAUCGUUCGGUACACCGUGUACCGCAGGAUCGACAGGAGUCUACACCAAGAUUAGUUCUUACAUCGAUUGGAUCGAACGAGAGGUGAACCAAACUCUGUCCUAUGGAGAGUGUUCGAAAGGUUUGAGCUGUUUGCGACCUAAAAAAUCAACCACCGUUGAUUUUGCAACUCACAACCCCCUUCAGCGAUUUGGUUUAAUCUGGGACGACACUGCCCCGUCGCUGUACGAAUGUGGAGCUACGCUGAUUGACUACCAGUAUCUGAUAACGUCCGCAUCCUGUGUCACAACUAACCGCGGCGAUCCAUCAUAUGUCUCUUAUGAUGGCAAAGAACGUAUCGCCGUGCAGGAUGUUUAUGUGUCCCCGAAAUAUGUUCAAGGACGUCCAGAAAACGACGUCGCCCUCGUGAAGAUCGCAAAGUUCACCAAUCCAAAAGUACAUCGCCCGUCCUGCCUUUGGAACCGUCGUACUGAUGGCGAAUGGGGCACGUAUCCUGUGGUUAGCGCAUACGGACUAUCGGAACAGUUCCUGCCAUCGUUCUCCCCUGAGUUGGUGAACAGAACCAUCUCGAUUGUUCCUAUGGACAAAAAAGAUUGCCAAGCCGAUGGACUCCGCGGUAGUGAUUUGAUUCGCUGCCACAAUGAAGUUAAGUUGGUGCCGCGACUUUGUUCGUUGGACUAUGGAGCCCCGGUGACCAAUGUUAAAUAUGAAGAAGAAGAUCCCAAUUACAUCUACGGCGUGGUAUCAUCGCUCAGUAAGGAUUGUGGAUCAAGCUUAGUUAUGACGGACGUUACGCCGCACAUCGAUUGGAUUGAAUCUAUCAUCAUUCGGCGACGACACGAAAUGCUCAUAUUUUCAGACUAGACGAAACAUUCAACGAAUAAACAAGAAAACGA